AUGUCUGGUGUUCUUGGAACGCAAGCAUACGUCAGAUACUUUAACAAUCCUCAGUCUUAUAGUCAAGGAGGAAUAACCUGUGCUAUGCCUGCUGGAUCUCUCAUCGGCGCUCUGUCCUCCUCCUUCAUCGCCGAUAAAUGGUCUAGACGGGCAAGUAUUCAAAUCGCAUCGGUCAUUUGGAUUCUUGGCUCAAUUAUUCAGUGUGCUUCAGUCAAUGUAGCCAUGCUGGUUGUUGGUCGAGUCAUUGCUGGUAUUUGUGUUGGUAUUGCUUCUUCGAUCUGUCCUGUCUACCAGUCUGAGAUUGCACCAAAAGAAAUUAGAGGUAGAGUUGUCUCCCUUCAACAAUGGGCAAUUACAUGGGGUAUUCUCAUCCAGUACUUCAUUCAAUAUGGUGCUUCGACAAUUGGAGGUGGCGCGAACAAUCCAAACCAACCCACUUCUGCAUUUCGAAUUCCUUGGGGUGUACAAAUUGUUCCAGCAGUUAUUCUCUUCUUCGGCAUGUUCUUCCUACCGAAAUCUCCUAGAUGGUUGGCAUCCAAGGAUAGAUGGGAAGAGGCCAUUAAGGUCAUUGCGAACCUUCAUGGUGGCGGUGAUGUCAACCACCCAAAGGUUCUCGCGGAAUAUCGGGAGAUUGAGGAGGCACUUCGAUUCGAACGCGAGGAAGCUAUCAGCUCUUACAAGCAGCUUGUAGCCCCACGAAUGAUCAAGCGUGUUAUCUUGGGAAUGUCUAUCCAAAUGUGGUCUCAGCUUUGUGGAAUGAACAUCAUGAUGUACUACGUCGUCUACAUCAUGCAGGGUGCAAACAUUGCCAACCCCCUCGUCACUGCCUCAAUUCAGACUCGGACUGAGCAGAACCAAAAUCUUACGUGGGUCGUUCACGACAAGAAAGCUGUAUCAUCUGCCAUCGUCGCUAUGACAUACCUAUUUGUUUGUGCAUUUGCAACAACCUGGGGACCAUCAUCGUGGACCUACCCAGCCGAAAUUUUCCCAAAUAAGAUUCGUGCAAAGGCUGUCUCUCUCGCAACCUCGGCAAAUUGGUUCUGGAAUUGCGUCCUCGCUUUCGCGGUUCCGCCUCUGCUGAAGAACAUCAACUGGAAGAUGUACAUGAUCUUUGCCACAUUCAACGGACUUGCUUAUAUCCACAUUUUUCUUACAGCACCCGAGACUAAAGGCAGAACACUCGAGGAGAUGGACGCCGUUUUUAAUAGCGGUUUGCACGCAUGGCAGUCCCUUCCAAAGGAGUCGAGGUUGGAUAAAUUGGCGAAGGACAUUGAAGAGGGAAAUCUCAAGGUUGUAGCUCCCAUUGGUGGUGCUGGUAGAGUUGCAUGGUCAUCAUCAAAAUGA